CCGGUUUUGGAGGCAGAGCCGUGGUGCUAUUUGAAUCACCGCUUUUCUCAAUAGUCUCUCUAUAUAACCCCUUUCUUUCUCUCUCUAAAACCCUCUUUCUCUCUCUCUCUCUAAACCUCCCAAAACUCUUUGGCGGCUACCCUUUCUGCAAGCCAAACACCCAUCUAUCCCUUUUCGCUCCAUACCAUUCAUUGUUGAAUUUCUAGGGUUUGGGUCGCUUUGGGUCUGCUCCAGAGUUCGUCUCAGCCGUCGAUCUCGUCAUGGCAACCGUUGCCCCGCCGUCUGAUCAAGCUGCAGAUUUACUGCAGAAGCUGUCAUUAGACCCCCAGGCCAAGAGCCUUGAAGUAUCUGAGCAGGCUAAGAAGUUUGUGUCUGUUGAUUCGGGUGAUUUGGCUAAUGGUUUGGGUAAACCAUUUGAGCGAUCCGCCACACAUUUACAUCAAGAUUUCGUGGAUCCAAAUAUGUGUUACCUUCCUAAUGGAUACCCAUCUACUUAUUAUUUUGCACCAGGUUAUGAUGGGCAAAUGAACGAGUGGGGUGAUGGCGUUGAGAUGCCUCCUGGUGUAUACGGUGAUAUAUAUCACCAUGGUUUUGGUUAUCCAUAUGGAACGUAUCCCCCACCAGGUUCACCUGUUCCCACCAUGGGACACGAUGGUCAGUUGUAUGGACCACAACAUUACCAGUAUCCUACUCCUUAUUACCAGCCUCAAGCUCCAAAUGGUGGGCCUUAUGCUCCCAGCCAAGUCACUGCUCCCCAGGGGGAUGUCUCUACUUCAGUUGCACCCGACCAAGUUCCUUUAUCUGUUGAAGCGGCUAAAGGGAAUACAAACAAUCUAGUAAAUGGUGGGAAUGUGAAUGGAAAUAAUGGCCCAAAAGCACUUAGACCGAGCCACCAAAACUCAUCUUUAAGUUCAAAUGGUUCCUAUGGAAGGGCAUCACUGCCAACAGGUGUUCCAUCUUCAGGUUAUCAGGAUCCAAGGUUUGGGUUUGAUGGAACUAGAUCAUUGAUCCCUUCAGCAGAUAUGUUUUCUGAUGGUCAGUCCAAACAUGUAGCAAGUGUGGGUUUCUCAUCACCAGUUUCUCAUGCCAACAACUUUCCAUCUGGAAGGAAUCAGAAUUUUCGCCCUAUUCCGCAACUGAUGCAUGCAAGGGCGGCAUCUGGCUUGGGCCAGGCUUCUGGAUUCAUGAGCCGCAUGUACCCAAACAAUAGGAUGUAUGACCAGUAUGGGAAUGCAUUCCGGACAGGUUCUGGAUUUGGAUCUAAUGGCUAUGAUUCAAGAACAAGUGGGCGUGGUUGGUUGACUGUUGACAGCAGGUACAGAAACAAGAGCCGAGCCAAUAGUGUCCUUGGCUAUGGGAAUGAGAAUAUGGAUGGCUUGAAUGAACUGAACAGAGGGCCUAGAGCCAAGGGUUUUAAGAAUCAAAAGGGGUUUGGACCUGUCACAUUAGCUGUCAGGGGCCAGAACCUCCAAUUAAAUGGGAAUAAUAGUAAUAGCGAUGGUAAUUUGACUCUGGUUCCAGACAAGGAGCAGUACAACAGAGAAGAUUUCCCUGAGAACUACUCAGAUGCCAAGUUUUUCAUCAUUAAAUCCUAUAGUGAAGAUGAUGUUCAUAAAAGCAUUAAGUAUAAUAUGUGGGCCAGCACAGCUAAUGGCAAUAAGAAGCUUGAUGCAGCAUAUCAGGAAGCACAAGGAAAGUCUGGCAGCUGCCCCAUAUUUCUGUUAUUUUCAGUCAAUGCCAGUGGGCAGUUUGUUGGUGUAGCAGAGAUGGUGGGCUCUGUAGACUUUAACAGGAGUUUGGAGUAUUGGCAACAGGACAAGUGGACUGGUUGCUUUCCUGUGAAAUGGCAUGUGAUAAAAGACAUUCCAAAUAGUUUGUUGAAGCACAUUACUCUUGAAAACAAUGAAAAUAAGCCUGUCACUAAUAGCAGGGACACACAAGAGGUUAAAUUUGAGCAAGGCAUUCAAGUCCUCAAAAUUUUCAAGAAUCAUUCAAGUAAGACGACCAUCCUAGAUGAUUUUGGGUUUUAUGAGGCACGACAGAGAACAAUGCAGGAAAAAAGGGCUAAGCAACAGCUGUUUCAAAAACAGGCAAGAAUCUUGGUACGGGAUGUGAAAUCCACUGAUGGUGUUGCAACUGAUGAUAAAGACAGAUUACAUCAAUCUGUGGAUGUUGCUUCAUCGUUGAUCAAGGAACCAACAGGCCCAGUUAAGGCUAAUGGGGAGCUGAAGGCACUGGAAGAGAUUGGAUCUGCUGCAGUGGCCGAUGAUGCUCCAAAAAGCGCCAAACAGGAUGUAUUGUCAGAGAAGAGAGUUGUACCAAAUGGGGUUGCUAAUGCUUGCUAAUUGUUUAUUCCUCUUCGUUGGCCCAUUCCCUUGCUCGCGAGAAUAGUCUGACUGAGUUGGCGGGCCUUGAGGAAUGGAGGUACAAGUUUUGCUUCUGUAAAGCAGUAUACAGAAUCAAGUUCUGACUUUGUUCAACAGUUUGGGUGCUGGCUGGCCUUCUUCAAAGAGGGGGAAAUAAAGAUACAGUGUAGGGGUGUGUGGGGUGGGUAGAAAGCCCUCGCAGCUUUAUCAUACUUAUGGUAAUACAGGUUGGACUGCUUAGAAUCUCAAUUUCGAGGUGUUUUUUCUUGUUCUUUUUAGUUUUUAGGUUUUAGUUUAGGAUUUAAUUUUUUCUUUGUUAUUUCAGUUUCUCACCUUCCAGUUAUGUUGCUUGUUGCAAUUUAUGUUUUUUUCUUUCUUUUCCCCUUCUAUGUAAAAAGCUAGAGUCGUCUCUCUUUCAGCUU